AUGCUGCUCACCACCAUCGACGGCUUGUCGUACAACACGUUCGAUGUCCAGGACCAGGACGAGUUCAAGCAGAUCUCACGCUUGAUCUCGGGCCACCUCUCAGAGCCCUACUCCAUUUAUGUCUACUGGUUCUUUCUCAAUACCUGGCCUCAGUACUGCUACACUGUCAAGGUCGAUGGCCUGAUAAUAGGCGUGAUCAUCUCCAAGGUUGAGCCUCACCGUAACGUCCGUGUCCGUGGCUACAUCGGCAUGUUGGUCAUCGACCCCCAGUAUCGAAACAGGGGCAUUGCCUCCCACUUGGUCCAUCUCACCAUAAAGAACAUGGUGCAGUGGGAAAAUGUGGACGAAAUCAUGUUGGAGACCGAGGUCAUCAAUAAGGGGGCGCUUCGGUUGUACGAGAGCUUGGGGUUCUUGCGGACCAAACGCCUCUACCGCUACUACUUGAACACCCACGAUGCAUACCGGUUGAUCUUGCCAUUGACCGCAAAGGCCACCACCAGGAUAGCCUUUCUCGAGCAGCUUGAAAAGCUGCCGCUGGUGUAG